AGGAGCGAACCGGGCUUAUAGGGGGCGGCUGCACAAUCUCCGGGAUCCCCAGGCCUGGAGGGGGGUCUGCGCGCGGCCGGCUGGUUCUGCCCGCCCGUCCGGUCCCGAGCGGGCCUCCCUCGGGCCAGCCCGAUGUGACCGGGCCCAGCGGAGCCUGAGCAAGGAGCGGGUCCGUCGCGGAGCCGAGGGCGGGAGGAACAUGACAUCGCGGAGAUGGUUUCACCCAAAUAUCACUGGCGUGGAGGCCGAAAACCUUCUCUUGACGCGGGGAGUUGAUGGCAGCUUUUUGGCUAGGCCCAGUAAGAGUAACCCUGGAGACUUCACACUUUCUGUUAGAAGAAAUGGAGCUGUCACCCACAUCAAAAUUCAGAACACUGGUGAUUACUAUGACUUGUAUGGAGGGGAGAAGUUUGCCACUUUGGCUGAGUUGGUCCAGUAUUACAUGGAGCACCAUGGGCAACUAAAAGAGAAGAAUGGCGAUGUCAUUGAACUCAAAUACCCUCUGAACUGUGCAGAUCCUACCUCUGAAAGAUGGUUUCACGGACACCUCUCUGGGAAGGAAGCAGAGAAAUUGUUAACUGAGAAAGGAAAACACGGCAGCUUUCUUGUCCGAGAGAGCCAGAGCCACCCUGGGGAUUUUGUCCUCUCCGUUCGAACUGGUGAUGACAAAGGGGAGAGCAAUGACGGCAAGUCAAAAGUGACCCACGUCAUGAUCCGCUGUCAGGUAAGGCCCAGUGCUGCUGUGGGUCUGGCGCAGAGUUUCCUGCUGGCGGAAGACAGGCUCCACUGCUCCCAGAGUCAGAUUUCCUUUUGCUGGAAGUUUGGGCUGCUGCACUGGUUUGCUCCCAGUGUCUCAUCAUUCCAGAGCUAGAUUAAAUUAUUUAUU